AUCAUCAAGCGACACAUUCGAAGGAAAAACAUGUGCCUUUCUUGAUUCCAGUGUUUUUAAAUAUGGUAUCACACGCGAUCAUGAGAACACGGGGAACCUAUUUUUCCUCACAAACAUCUCGUGUACUCUGAAAUGGAAAAGAAGAGUGGGAGUAAUCUGUCCUUUUAAAUGUAUUCAGCAUCUACUUUUCUCUGAUUUUCAAUGAUAGGCAUUGCAUAAUUCACCCUUACACACCGGAGCCAUUUGGUUCCUCCUCCUUGGGAAGUGGGGGACGCCAGAAAAACGACUCGGCUACAUCCAGCAGCUGCCUUCUCGGCGGUGCCUGCAAUUGCUCGCCAAUGCCCUGUUCUUUCUUAGGAAGUACUUGCAGACAGAGGCAUUAGAACCAACAGGGGAAGGAUGCAUUUGACGCUGGAUGUGUGCUGCAUUCAGGGAGAUUCGGCAGUUAUCGCAGCUAAAGCAGGAGCAACGAGCGCGGAGGGCCUGGGAAGCACCCACCUCCUCUCUCUCCUCUUUUUCCUCCCCCCCUGCAGGACCAUGCUUGCGUGAGGGAUGAGGCUGUGCACAGGGACACCAGGCCAGAGCUGCGGCCUACUUCUUCUCACAAGAGUCGGGCUCUCGACUGCAAGAUCUGUGAACACAUUGCCACCAUCAAAUCAGCAUCUUUGGUCAUCAGGUAGAUCCAGGAGCAUGAGCAGGACUUUGAGCUGCGGUAGCAGAUGUCUGGGUAUAAGCGCAUGCGGCGGCAGCACCAGAAGCAGCUGAUCGCCCUGGAAAACAGGCUAAAGGCUGAAAUGGAUGAGCAUAGGCUGCGGCUGCAGAAGGAAUUAGAGACACAUGCUAACAACACUUACAUUGAACUGGAAAGACUGGCCAAACGCCACGCUGCCCAAACAGACAAAGAGAUGAAGUCAGCUGCAGCUGAGGAGAGGAGGAUCCAGCAACAGAUUGUUGCUCAGCAAAAGAAGGAGCUGACUACCUUCUUAGACAACCAGAAAAAGGAGUACAGGCUUUGCAAAGACAAGAUCAAAGAAGAAAUGAACGAAGACCCUAGUAUAGUCAAGGAGGAGAAACAGGAACGUCUGUCCAGGCACAAAGAAACAAUGCAACGCUCUCAGGCUGAGGAUGAAGCCCAUUUUCUGUCCCAGCAGAGGCUGGUCUACGACAGGAGCUGUAGGGCCCUCAAACGCCGGACAUUGGUCAGGAGACAUGAGUUUGAGCAGGAACAAAUGAGAGAGGAGCUGAACAAGAAGAGGACCCAGAAGGAGAUGGAACAUGCCCUGAUGAUCCGACAGGAUGAGUCCACCCAGGAGCUGGAGCGCAGGCAGCUGCAGACACUGCAGAGGCUACGAGUGGAACUCAUCCGACUGCAGCACCAGACAGAGCUUGAAAACCAAGAGGAGUACAACGGCCGACGGCAGAGAGAACUACACAGGAAACACAGCCUGGAGCAGCGGCAGCAGCCCAGAAACCUCAAGACACUGGAGAUGCAGAUUAAGAAACAGUUCCAGGAUACAUGCAAGGUGCAGAACAAGCAGUACAAAGCGCUUAGGAACCAUCAGCUCGAAGUCUCUCCUAAAGGCGAUCAUAAGGCCAUUCUGAAGACCCUAAAAGAGGAGCAGACACGGAAGCUGGCUGUGCUGGCUGAGCAGUAUGAGCAGAGCAUCAACGAGAUGAUGGCUUCACAAGCGAUGCGUUUAGAAGCAGAGCAGGAGACAGAGUGUCAUGCUCUGAAGCAGCAGCUGAAGCAAGAGAUGGAGCUCCUGGACGCCUACCAGAGCAAAACCAAGUCACAGAUGGAGACCCAACAUGAACGAGAGCAGCAGAAGCUUGAGCAGAAGGUCUCCAUACGCAGAGCCCACCUUGAACAGAAGAUUGAAGAGGAACUGGCCUCACUUCAGAAGGAACGUACUGAAAGAAUUAAGCACCUGUUUGAACGCCAGGAGAGAGAGAUCGAAGCUUUUGAUGCAGACAGCACUAGGCUUGGGUUUGGAAGCUUGGGAUCUCUGGACUUCCCCAAAGAGGACAACAGAUGAAAGUGGAUGUAUCUUUUUGGGACAAUUUUACAGUGCACAUUUGUGCCCUUUCAUGUCCACUUGACCACUGUCACACCCACCGUGACAAAGCUGGAAUACUCUCAUUCUUGCUUUCUCCUAUCUUAGAUAUUGCAUCUCAGAAUCAAGGUGUUAUGUGCAAUGAGAACCUCUUUUGUGAAACUUGAAGGGGGAAAUUAAAACAACAUAUUCUACAACAUGUCAAUAAAAUCAAACCUAGUCAGUGUAACUCAAAAAAUGUGUUGGAAAAAAAACAAAACAAAUUUAAACACAAAAUUCUUACAGCCUCUUUCCUCCAUGCCAUUUCCUCCUUUUGGUAUGAAUUGAAUAAAUCAGGAUUUUUAGUAAAAAUGGGCACUUUGAUAUGUUUAGGUAUAAACCCAUCAUGUUCAUAUGAUGCUUAAUGCGUGUGUUACAUUGAGGGACAUUGUGGAAUGUGAGCUGCGGACUUCACCGUGGUGUUAAGCUGCUUUGUCAAGUUUUUUUCUUUUUUUUUUUUUUCUUUUUUUAAUGUUUGUUGUUUUGUUUUGUGUUGUUUUGUUGAUUUUUUUUUUUUGUCAGAAUGUGAAUAAUACUGGGGUCAUUGGAUGAAGUCAGCUUUUUCUUUUAUUUAUUUAUUUAUUUAUUUUUAUUCUAUUUUAUUUUAUUUAUUAUUUUUGUCCUACUUCCAUAUUGUGCUUAUGCAUACAGUAUACUGUGGUCCCACACUUUUUGAGGCAACAGUUUGAACCUUUUCAUUAUUUGGUAUGUAGGAUCAAUUGGCAUUAGUUUGCUCAACCUGUUUAUCUUAUCACAAUUCAAGAUCCCACUUGGUAAAACUGCUUAUUAUUGCAUGCACUUUAAGGACAAAUUCAGGUUGUGAAGUGAAGCAUGAAUCUGUCAGAGAUUUUAGCUGUUUGUAAAUAAAAGUGGUCAUAGCAUCUUUGUUUCAAGCCUAUGGAUACUGGACAUAAGCGCCAUAUUUGAUAUGAUAAUUUCACAAAUGCCUUUAUUUAAGUUGUGCCUAUGAAGCAGAUUUUAGUUAUGUGUUUUUUAUAUCUAUAUUUUAUUUAACAAGGCCGGCACCAUUUUUUGUUCUCUCUGAAUUUGUGAAUCAUUUAAUGUUCACUAAUCAAAGUUCUUGUAAAGGAAAAUGGUGAGAAUUGUGCUGUAUAACUUUUGAUAUGAAUAUUUGUACAUGAGAAUAUAGCUAGAACAUACAGAGACACUGGUCUAUUACUGAUAACAGAGCUUAAUGAUAAAGAUUUUGCUUCAUUUUUGUUUGAUUAUAAUAUAGACAUAUGAUCAUGCAAUAGCUCAAUAUAUUGCUAAGUCAAACCACUAGACUAUCAGAUUGUAUAAAUGCUGUUUAAUGGAAUCACAGACUUCCUGUUAGUACAAUGAUCUUUUUCAGAUCUGUGGUUAUCCAGAAGUGAACCUAACAAGUUGUUAGUCUGGGUUGCAUUCGAGUAAUUUGUGUACAAUGAUCAGAUUUACAUAUUAAUUGCAGUGUUCAUUAUUGUCAUUGAACAAGUUGCACAAUGUUUCCAUUAUACUGAAUGGAAAGAGAAUUGUUUGGUGCUUAAUUUCUCAUACCACCUUUAGCCUUGUAGUUUUUUGUCUGGCAGUGAAGACUGGAUAAUUCAAAGUGGAAGCGUGAAGCAUUUUGAAACCCCUCUUGAGUCAAAAUACUAUCAGGUUUUUCAAACACUCGUGACAUAUUCAGAGUACACCCCCUGCAAUGACACCCUCUAAAAAUGA